AGGAUCAUCACUCCAUCACCACUUGCAAAAAUAUAUACAUCAAAGAAACGAAUCGACUUUGAAUAUACAGUCAAGGAACUAGUCUCCUUAAGUUUUACGCACGGACUUUUACGCAAUGCGCGCGGCACACUUGUCAACUUGAGCCGGGAACGAGAAAUGACUUUUCAUGGGAGAGUGGUCAAAUACUUAAUGGAAUUAAGUUCUUCCAAGAAUUGAUUGUAUAGUCAAGCCAUCGAAGACAGAGAGGGGAUUCAAUCGGAUGGCACAGAACUUCGGACUUAGUGCAUUCAAUGGUGAUUAUUCCAACAAUUGUGAUUGUAUGUCAGCUAACAUUAUCUAGUAGUUGCACAACUUUUGCUAUUUAAAGACAUUAAUUGCUUCACAUACAAUUCAAUAAAAAAUGCCCCGUCCCGGCAAAAACUCCUACAGCGACCAGAAACCGCCGUACUCCUACAUAUCUCUGACGGCGAUGGCGAUCCAGAACUCCGUGGAGAAGAUGCUGCCUCUCAGUGACAUCUAUAAGUUCAUCAUGGACCGUUUUCCUUACUACCGGGAGAACACGCAGCGUUGGCAGAACUCACUGCGACACAACCUGUCGUUCAACGACUGCUUCAUUAAGAUCCCCAGGCGACCCGACCAGCCCGGGAAAGGCAGCUUUUGGGCCCUCCACCCGGACUGCGGGGACAUGUUCGAGAACGGCAGCUUCCUGAGAAGACGGAAGCGCUUCAAGCUGCUGCGUGCUGAACACAUGGCUUGCAAAGGCUCCCCGAUGAUGCACUACUUCCACCAUCACCACCACCACCACCACCCGGGGGCCAAGCUGGCCGCAGCCUCCGCGCACCAUGAGCACCCGGCCGGACCAACGAGCACGGUGAGCCGGUUACCGAACUUCCAGGGUUACGGGGGCAUCGCUUGUUCACAGUCAGGGGGUUUUAAACACCCGUUCGCAAUCGAGAACAUAAUAAACCGGGACUACAAGGGUGUGAUGGCCAGCGGGCUGCCCCUCACCUCGGUCAUGCACCACCUGGGCUACCCGGUCCCCCCGCAGCUCAGCAGUAUGGUCAACUCCAUGUGGCCCCACGUGGGGAUGCUUCCCGAGUCCAUGGGGAGCGUACCCGUGCACACGCCCACUGAUUAUGCGCCCUUCGGCAUGUCGAUGAAGGGCCUUUAUCAGAACGCCAACGGACAGGCUUUGCCGGUUCCCGUGCCGAUCAAACCGACCCCAUCUCUCGGCCCUGGGACGGCACUGACGGGGCUGCAGUCCGGGUCCACACCCCUCUGCUCGGCGGCAUCGAUGCUGGAGAAAAGCGAGAUGCUGGAGGGUAAAGGUGCCCCUCUUCAUCCGGCUCUGCUUCUGUCCUAAUCGAAGGAAAUGAUCGGGUAGUUAAAAAAAAUACAUAACAAUGUAGCGCAACAUUUAAAAAAUAUGUGCAUGUAUAGUUGGCUGUGGCUAUACAACGGUUCGAAAAGGUUCAUUAAGGUUUUAACUGUGCUGUGUUUCAACUUUUGGUUGUUCAUUCAUUGGAUGGAUGUCGAAAUUAAUGAGGGAAUUUAACCCAAAAUGUGAAGUGGCACUAAAAUGUACAAUCAGAGAAGCAAACGCUAAUCCCAAAGAACGUUUCACUGAGCGGAUCGUGCAGACAUCGUUCCAAAACUGUUUCUAAAUACUUUUUAUUUAUACAAUGUUUCAACCUUUGUCCAGGCCUAUAGUCCCUCAUAUCUAUGGUUGAGGCCAGUUGCACUUUUUGUGUUGCUUAACAUUAGGCUGUGUGCGGUGCACCUCAUU